UAGUUUCUCUUCAGAAACCUCAAAAAAUCUAAACCCAAAAAAACACAGAGACAGUGCGAGACUACGAGGUUUUCAACUCUUCUUCUAAUCUAUUCUAGGGCUUGACUGCAGCCAACCUUAACCGACCACCAUGUACCGAACCGCAGCUUCACGUCUCAGGUCUCUCAAGGGUCGUGUGGGCAAUCUGGGGGCGACCAGGUUUGCGGCUUCGAGUGCAGUUGCUGCAAAGACAUCCUCUGGGGGUUUCUUCAGCUGGUUGACAGGGGAAAAGUCAGCUACUCUACCUUCUCUCGAAAUCCCACUUGCGGGCAUUACUUUCCCCCCUCCACUACCCGAUUAUGUUGAACCGAGCAAAACUAAAAUCACAACUCUCCCGAAUGGUGUCACAAUAGCUUCCGAGACAUCACCUAAUCCUGCGGCAUCAAUAGGGUUGUAUCUCAAUUGUGGUUCCAUUUAUGAAACACCAGAGACAUUUGGGGCUUCACACUUGUUAGAACGAAUGGCCUUCAAGAGCACAACAAAUCGAAGCCACUUGCGCAUUGUGAGGGAAGUGGAAGCAAUUGGUGGUAACAUUGGAGCCUCAGCCUCUAGGGAGCAAAUGGGGUACACUUUUGAUGCUCUUAAGACAUAUGUUCCUCAAAUGGUAGAAUUGCUAGUUGACGCUGUGAGGAACCCUGCCUUCUUGGAUUGGGAAGUCAAUGAAGAGCUGCAAAAGGUGAAAGCAGAAAUUGAUGAACUUUCCAAGAAUCCUCAUGCCUUACUAUUGGAGGCAAUUCACUCUGCUGGUUAUUCUGGUGCAUUGGCAAUUCCUCUUUUGGCUCACGAAGCUGGACUAAACAGAUUGGAUGGCACCAUUUUGAAGGAAUUUAUUACUGAGAAUUAUACUGCUCCUCGGAUGGUUCUUGCAGCUUCUGGGGUUGAACAUGAGGAGCUUCUAUCAGUUGCAGAACCACUUCUCUCCGACUUACCAAGCGUGCACCGUGCUGAAGAGCCUAAAUCUGUAUAUGUUGGAGGGGAUUACCGUCGUCACGCUGACAUAGGGUGCACACAUGUUGCUCUUGCGUUUGAAGUUCCUGGUGGCUGGCGUAAAGAGAAAGAAGCUGUCCUUUUGACUGUUCUUCAGAUGCUUAUGGGAGGAGGUGGUUCAUUCUCUGCUGGGGGCCCUGGAAAAGGGAUGCACUCGCGGCUAUAUCUCCGAGUCUUGAAUGAAUAUCAACAAGUCCAAUCCUUCUCUGCAUUCAACAGCAUCUUCAAUGAAACUGGAUUGUUUGGAAUUUAUGCUAGCACUGUCCCUGAAUUUGCAUCAAAAGUUGUUGAUUUAGCAGCAGGAGAAUUGAUCUCAAUUGCAACACGUGGACAAGUUAGUCAGGGUCAGCUUGAUCGUGCCAAACAGUCCACCAAAUCUGCUGUUCUGAUGAAUCUGGAAUCUAGAACGAUAGCAUCAGAGGAUAUUGGGAGACAGAUUUUGACAUAUGGAAAGAGAUUGCCUGUGGAGCAUUUCUUAAAGGCUGUAGAUGAAAUCACUUUGGAGGAUAUUUAUAACAUUUCCCAGAAGAUUCUUUCUUCACCUCUAACCAUGGCAUCAUAUGGGGAUGUUCUCAGUGUCCCCAGCUAUGAAUCCGUUAGCCGCAAGUUCCAAUCUAAGUGAGAGUCCCUCUGCAUUUCAACUCAGGCAUUUUUGAAAUAAAAAAUUUGAAGGAAUUUUUUUUGGUCAAAGCUGCAAAUGCAAAGCUUCAACAAGCUAUGUUAUUAUUGUUUGAAUUUUAUCUUCACAUGUGGCAUCAUUUAUUUGUGUUGUCCAUGUUUAAAAUGCAAACAACUUUAUUUGUAAUGUAAUAAAUAUUUUCAAUCUAGAUCUGUGCCAAAUCGAACAAGAGAGAAAAGCCAGAAAAGCCAUACUUCAGAGGCAACUUUGUCCAGGUUUUUGGAUGAUUUUGUAUGUGACAUUCUGGGAUCUGUGAAUAAUUUGAGAAAUUUCAGGAAAAUGGUUAUGUAA